AUGGCGCUCCUUGGUGCAGACUAUGCCUCCAGCGACGGGGGCUCCCCUCCUCCGAGGCAAGAAUCACGAAAGACCACUGCAAGCACUAUAGUCGCUGCUCCAGAGGUCUCAUUAGAUGUUUGGUCCUACCAGUCUCGGGAUUUCAGCUAUUAUUCUAACACCGUGCAGGAUCCAAUGCGACUCCAGAUGAUGCUAGCUAAGCCCACGGAUACCGCGCUCACAUACAACGUUCCCUAUGCAGACCUCUCACGCCCGUCCCAAGGCCCCACGAAUCCGUUCAAAGCCACCGAAGGAAACGCUCUGAAAAGAAAGAAUGUGCUCACAGGAUACGCCGAAGAAGCUGCGAUCAGUGAUGCCACAUUUACAAACCAGCACCGUACUUUCCAGUCUCGAGGAUAUGCGCAGGAGCCUAAUGCAAAUGGGGCUUUAGUGGGGGAUUUAGCAAGCGCAGAGGAGUAUGGGGGGCGAGAUGUUGUUCAAAUGAAACCUUCGAGAGCAAAGCGGCAAAGGCAGGUUAAAGGCGAUCCCAGCAUAGUUGACGGAGAGGGACGAUAUCUGGGACCUUGGGCAAAAUAUCAAGAGGAGGUCCAGUACGAGGACGAAGCAGCUCUAGCUGAGGAGGAGCUGGCAAGUGAUGAGGAAUACAUGGAUGAGUCGGUCGCUCCGGUGAACAUGGCGCCCAUGAACAAGGCUGCUACGGCCUACCAGGACGAUCACUCGAAUCAAGAAACGACGGAGUUCCAUGGGACCUCGCUGGUCGAUUAUCAGGGACGGUCGUAUAUGCAUGCUCCAAGGGAUAUUGAUAUUGAUCUGUACAAAGAACAAGGGCUCGAGAGGACAUUCCACCCGAAGAAGCUCAUACAUACUUGGAAGCAUGGCACAAAGCCUAUCAACGCUCUUCGAUUCAUUCCUUCCACAAAUCACCUGCUCCUAUCUGCGUCUGCGGAUGCCAGGAUAAAGAUCUUUGAUGUUUAUCGCGACCGCGAGCUCCUUCGAACAUACAGCGGCCAUACGAAAUCCGUAUCGGACGUCAACUUCAACCCUACCGGCACACAGUUCAUCAGUGGCUCAUACGAUCGCUUCAUGAAAAUCUGGGACACGGAAACUGGCGCUUGCCUCUCGCGGUUCAAGACCGGUGCGAUACCCCACUGUAUCAAAUUCAACCCUUCAUCACCAUACGAGUUCUUGGCCGGCAUGUCGGAUAAGAAGAUAAUUCAAUACGACACCCGCUCCGGCGAAAUGACCCAAGAAUACGACCACCAUCUCGGCCCUAUCAACACCAUCACCUUUGUCGACGAAGAUCGCCGCUUCAUCACUACCUCGGACGAUAAGUCCUUGAGAGCAUGGGAACUAAACAUCCCUGUGCCGAUCAAGUUCAUUGCUGAACCUCACAUGUUCGCCCUCACAGCCGCAGCUCCUCAUCCAUCAGGGAAAUCUGUCUGCUUCCAAAGCGGCGACAAUAAGAUUGUCGUAUACGCUGCUACUGACCGCUUCCGCCAAAAUCGUAAGAAGGAGUUCCGUGGCCAUAAUACGAGUGGGUAUGCAAUAGAUAUAGAUAUUAGCGCCAAUGGUGACUGGGUAUCUAGUGGGGAUAGUGGAGGUUGGGUGUGUUUUUGGGAUUAUAAGACUUGCAAGAUGCACCACAAAAUUCGGGCUGGGGAAGGGGCGAUCACGUGUGUGCAGUGGAACAGGCAAACGACGAGUCGGGUGGCCACAGCAGGGUUGGAGGGGGUUAUCAAGUAUUGGGAUUAA